AUGUCUACUUUUAAAAGCGUGCGUAGCAGGUCGCGCGGCACGGCGGCCCUGUGUGUCGUGACGUUCGCGUGCCGGCCGGGCGAGCGGCUGGCGGUGGCGGGCCGCACCGGCGCCGGCAAAAGCUCGCUGCUGCGCGCGCUGCUGCGCCUGCACGCGCUUAGGUACCGCAGCUGCACUGGCGUCGGCAAAAGCUCGCUGCUGCGCCUGGCACCGCCCGCCGCCAUCCGCGUGCUUGUGGACUGCGUGGACGUGGCCACGCUGCACCUGCACGCGCUCAUGUACCGCAACUACACCGGCGCCGGCAAGAGCUCACUGCUGCGCUUGGCGCCGCCCGCCACUAGCCGCGUGCUUGUGGACGGCGUGGACGUGGCCACGCUGCACCUGCACACGCUCAGGUACCGCAACUGCACUGGCGCCGGCAAAAGCUCGCUGCUGCACCUGGCGCCGCCCCCCAUCAUAUUCUUUGGCAAAUAG